AAUUCCCAUCGUUCGAAAAGCCUAGAUCAAACAAAAUGUCGAGUAGGCAUACUCAUGAAGUUUUUCGUGAAUAUUUCAUCACGAGAGAAUAUGCAUAAUCGGAAGAAAUUGGCAAGGAUCUAUUUAUCUGCCGCCCUCUGUACCAAAUGGCGCAUCAUAGGAGAAGCAGCGCAAGUAUAACAUGGCCGCCUAGCAAAAGCGAAAAAUACGAAACGAAACGACCGCGUUGCGGACAGGGAGGGUAUUGCGAUACGCGAAUAUAAUAGAGCUCAUAUAACGUUGCAAGUAAGAAAAAUGAGCGGUGGUACGACGAUGUACACGUUAAAACCAAUUAUUUCGCUGCCGAGUGAAACGAACCAGUCAAAAACGAUGUACAGAAUGAAAAAUAUUCAUGGGGAACAUCGUGAGCCUGACGACCAUGCCAGCCACGAGAGCAAGAUAGUGUCGGGAAUCACAGAGCAGGUUAUCAAGUUUUUGAAGGAUCCUCUGCCAGAAGUUGCAAUUCUGGAGGCCAGACAGGAAAAGAUCCUAGCACAACUUGCACAGCUUAAAGAACAAGUAUCGAGUCUCUGUAAUGUUCUAAAGGAAUCUAGUCAAACAAAGCCUACUGUGGUCUCUGGCAGUGAGGAGACCAUUAGAGUAUACAUUGCAGUUAACGCAAAUUCAACAAGACCUCCUUACUCUCUUGUUGCUCUCCAAAAAAUUUGGACCCAAGCAGACUUGAGAAUAACAACUCACGUUCAUUCAACCGUAGUAGACGCAGUUCCGGAAUUACCAAUCUCUAGGAAGCGGAGCAUUAGCAACAUCAUCAUCAACACAGCACUCAUAUGGAAGAAUGUACCAGAGUUGGAGCUUGUGCUUUCUCCAGUCAGAGGACAUCCUUUACUGGGAGAGGUCAAUUUGCUCAGGUAUCUCAGUAGAUUAAUUACAAUUUACAAUUACGAGAAUAUCGACUGUCCCGGUGAAAUCGAUGCGAUACUCGAUCUCUGUCAUCGUCUUCCUUACGAGAACUCAUCGAAAGAGAAGCAAGCUAUUUUGUUCGAGUUUAGUAAGAAAUUAGGAAAAGAUAAAUGGUUCCUUGGCUUUACGGAUACGAGUAUCGCCGAUGUCGCUGUAUGGUCCACCAUUAAGCAAAUUAAUUUCGGCAAAUUGCCAUUGAAUUUGACUGAAUGGUUCGCAAGAUGCGACAAGGUCUUCCUUAGUACUUGAAAUGUUCAUUAUCUAAACAUUGAUUUUGUACGAAUGAAAAUAAAAUAAAAAAAAAUCCAAUUGA